AUGGACGAGAGCAGUUUGAGAGAUGCCCUCCAGCGCAUGGAGAAGAAACUUUAUCAGCUCACUGAGAUCUUGGAGGACCACAAACAGUCUUGGGAGAGAAAUUCAAGCGUAACCUUCGACCCACGCCCAUCCCUGUCUCUUGUUGAAGAGCUGCGCGCCGACGUUAGACAAGAUGGCGACAUUGCAGCCGAAAAUGCGUCCGAAAUGAUACAUCAUAUCGCCGACAAAGUCAUCAAAGACACAAUCGAUCACCUCCCCGAGUUGAUGCGCUCAAAAUCACCUGAAUCUCAGUCCGCCACAGACAUGAUUGAUCAAUUCUUCGGAUGUCCCGAAGGUGACCGAAGACGCAAAGACAUCGAGCACAGACUGAAGAAAAGGUUUGUUUGGGACCAGCUCAGUUCUUGGAUUUGCGGCGCCACAUUUGAGUAUGCUCUGAGCGACUAUGAAUACGAAGUCGAGAAGGCGGCUCUGAGGUAUGUCGCUGAUGACCUCAAGGAGCUGGUCGCCACGAUCACGGGCACAUAG